UCGCUGAGAAACAUCCACACUUUCAUCUUCCUGCUUCAUUCCAGCCCCGAUGACGGAGAAAAGUACUGGAAAUUCUACGUGAAACCAUGGACACGAUUCGGGCCGUACCUCAUCGGCCUCGUUCUUGGAUAUAUCUUCCAUCGAAUCAAGGGGAAAAAUAUCAAACUUUCCAAGGUUGUGGUGCUCGCUGGCUGGUGCGCAGCGAUCGCGACCAACAUGGCAGUCAUUUACGGUCUGGAAUACUAUAUGAAACCGUUGUCACCGGCGAUGCCGAGAGCGGCUCAGGUCAUCUACGCCGCUGUGCAUAGGGUCGCCUGGUCCAUCGGGUUGGCGUGGGUCGUUUUCGCCUGCCACAUAGGGGCUGGAGGUCCAGUGAAUACUCUGCUUAGCUGGAAAGCUUUCGUUCCUCUGGGUCGACUCACCUACAGCGCAUACCUAGUCCACGUUCUGGUUGCGGGCUGGUACCAGUUCGGGAUAGAUUCUUCCGUAUAUGUCGACCAUGAGACUCAGGUUCGGGAAGGAUUUCGUACAAUUCAAGUUCCCGGCGUCAGUGUUUCAUUCAAGAUGCAUUUUCAGGUGAUUGUAUUCUUGUCCACACUGAUCCUGACUCACUUCGUGGCCGUCAUCUUCUCAUUGACCUUCGAGAUACCUGUUCUGGGACUCGAGAAGAUCUUUUGUGGACUCAUAUUUGGAGAGGGAAGCAAGCCAGGCCAUAAUAACUUCCCGGUAGCUAUUAAACCCCACAGUAUGAUGGAAGGUGAAAAAGGAAAAGAUUUUUCAAAGGGAAAGCUAGAAGUACUCGACCUCAAUCUUGCUUCUCCAGAGACUGGCAUUCUGAAAGGAGACAUAGUAGUGCACGACGUCUCUUGGGAAAAGCCAAAGUACAGCGGCUUGGAGAACCCUGCAUUCAUCCCCGACACGAAACAGAAACUCGGCCACGACGAAUCAUUGGACGGUCAAAGUCAGCACAAAUCUCUCUCAUCCUUCUCUCACUCCACCCCAAGAGACUCCUCAGAGGAAACCCUAACCCUGCAUUCAUCCCCGACACGAAACAGAAACUCGGCCACGACGAAUCAUUGGACGGUCAAAGUCAGCACAAAUCUCUCUCAUCCUUCUCUCACUCCACCCCAAGAGACUCCUCAGAGGAAACCCGAAAGGCAACCGGAGAAUCAACUUCCGAAGGAGAGCAUUCAGACCAAGGAAACAAGUCAUCCUCUCCUCACUCCAGCCCCAGAGGAUCCUCAGACGAGACCAUGGAAGUCAAUGGCCAACGAACCUCGCAGUCCUCACAGGAUGAAGACGAAAUCAAGAAAGUGCCGGCAACAACUGACAAGUUCUGAUGAAAUGCUGACA